UGAUAUCAUGGACUAUUUUGAUGAAGAUUUCACUACUGGACUUGGAGAAGAUCUGGAAAGCAAUUUGUCUGCUGUUUCAGUCAUGGAAGCUCCUCCAAUCAGUAUUGAAAUCCGAGAACCACAGCAGAGUUCUAAUCGCUGUAACUCGGCAGCCACCCUUGAAAACAUGCCAAAUCAUCAUAAUCAGCCAAUCAUCCUUACUUUUGGGAAUCCAAGCACGCCAGAAAUAAAUCCUCAACCAUUAAAUCUAGAGGAUGAUAGAGUCGUGUCUGAGGUUUUGACAUCCCAUGGUUCAUUUGUAAAUCUUGAGGAGGAAGCCCAAAAUGCACGGAAGAAAAAGAAAACAGGCGGUCGGGUUAGGCCAGCAUUGCAGAUUCAUGAUCACAUUUUAGCAGAAAGAAAGCACCGCGAGCAGCUCAGCCAGGGAUUUGUAGCUCUAUCAGCCAUUGUUCCCGGCCUCAAGAAGAUGGAUAAAACUUCUGUUCUUGGAGAUGCUAUCAUUUACUUGAAACAUCUUCAGGAAAGAGUGAAGACGCUCGAGGAGCAAGUUGCGCAACAAACCAUGCAGUCUGUCGUUCUUGUGAAGAGAUCACAGCUUUUAGUUGAAGAUGAAGGAUCUUCUGAUGAUACGGGCGGCCCUGAUGAGCAGCCACUCCCGGAAAUAGAGGCAAAAAUGCGCAAUAGGAACAUUCUUCUCAGGAUUCACUGCGAAAAGCAUAAAGGGGUUCUGGUUCAAAUUCUUUCCGAGGUAGAGAAACACAAUCUUGCUGUCAUGAACACGUGCGUGGCUCCGUUCGGAAAUUUGGCUCUUGAUAUUACCAUAAUUACUGAGAUGGAAAAAGAAUUCAGCCUGACGAUACAAGAAUUAGUUAAAAUUCUUGGAUCCGCUCUCCAUCGGGGGACGGUGGCCGAUUAAGAGCCCCCGGUUGGACCGCCAAGAGAACUGUUCCAUAUCCUAUGGGGUAUGGAAUUCCUGAUAAGAAGUUUAUAUAAAGAAUUCCUGAUAUAGAGUAUGGACCCCAAGAAAUCAAGCUGUUGAUGACUGAUGGUGAAGAAGACAGACGACGUUCACGGGCCAUGCUUUGAGAUUGACAACAUAUGGAUGCAUAUGCAUAUUAGUACUUGCCCCGUUUUAAUGAUCAGGAAUGAAAAUUACUAUCACUAAAAAAUAAAUAAAAGGCCUACGUCCUCGAGGGUCUCGUGAGCUUUCAAUUGAUUUUCGUGUGUAGCUAUUUGGCAUUGCACGUAGAUGAUACAAAUGUACAAAAUGUUACUGGUUCCCUUUAGAUUACUAUGAAGUAUUUUGGUAAAUUUUUGGGUUUGUUUA